AUGAAUUCUGUAGUCAAUAUUUCAGAGGGAAACGCAAAAGAAAAAUUUUGGGUAAAAUCGCAAGCAGCACGCACUAUAAAAGCAAAGAAUGAAAUCUUUACUGAUUAUUUAUGGGUUGUUACUAAAUGAGGAUUUUUAAAGCGUCAGAAAUUUCUCCUUACAAAAAAAAAAUUAUAUAUGUAUAUGGAAAACGAAUUAGAAUUAAUAAACUUAAAUACACGUUCAGUAAGAUGAAAUAAACUAAAUUUUAAGGACAAUAGGGUGCUUAAUUUUAAAAAAAAUCCAUAUAAUUGAGCGUGAUUCAAUAAGAAUUAGACUAGAUUUUUAAAAAUGAAAUUUCCAUAUGCUGGAAAACGGUUAAGCCAUUUUAUGAAUCUUCAGACCAAAACCAAAGGUAUGGAUUUAAUUUAAGCGAAGGACAACUUAAUAAAGAUUUUUAUACAGAUUCUUCUGUCCACUUAGACCAAUGGCUUUUCCAUUUAUCAAAAAUUGGGAUCUGUAAUGAUAUAGAAGACGAUUUUGAUUUUAUCAAAAAAAUCGGCCAUGGCACUUUUUCUCUAGUUUAUUUGGCUAUUGACAAGAGCACCAACAAAGAAUUUGCUAUAAAAGCAAUAAAUAAAUCUCAGUUUUCUAAUCAAAAUGAAGCUAAAAAAAUAAUUAAAAACGAAAUCUCCAUAUUAAGAAAGCUAAACCAUCCAGGUAUAGCUAAGCUUCAUAAAGUCUACGAAUCUGACGGCUAUGUCUAUCUAGUUUUUGAUUAUCUUGCAGGCGACAAUCUUUGCCAAAGAAUCCGCAAUAAAGGCCCUUACUCAGAAAAAGUUGCUGUAAAAUUAAUGUCAAAAUUAUUAAAUAUUUUGUCAUAUCUAAAUUCAAAGGGUGUUAUCCAUAGAGAUAUCAAGGCAGAUAAUCUAUACAUUUUUAUGAAGAAUCACUAUAUACAUAAAAUGGCCGGAGACGAGCGACCCGUCCUUCCGUGGCGGGUGUCCUUAUGUAUACCGGACAUGGUUUUUGGAUGCGGAGAGCUACUCAAGGGGAGAGUUUGCCUCGACGCGAGUGGCCCAGCCCAAUUUCCGCUGAUUUUGGGACUUGACCCGGGCAGCAGUUUUUCGCAUCUUUUUUGCCAGUAGCGCCGAGGCCCGGACUCGGUGUCCGAAAGAGGCAGGGUGAAUUACCUGCCUAGGCUACUUGGUGGCUUAGCCCCGAAUCCCGCAAGGGGUUGAGUUUCUUUCUUGAAGAUGACCCGGGAAAGAGGGGAGGCGAAGCUAGACUAGAGAACUCAAGGGCGCAAGUCUCUCCAGUUAAAAGGGUCCUCUCACGAGGGCGAUCUGGCCAACCCGGAGGCAAAGACUGGCAUAAUUCGGGGCGGAAGGCUGAGUUGGAAAUGGUGGUGCCCGGCGACAGUCGGCUGACGACUCAAUAGGGCAACCCACUACCGAGAAACGAGGGGUUUCAGCCUGGGCUCAGAGAACCAGUGAUGGAAGUCCAUCCUUUUCGCUCGUGCCAGCACGGGUCCCCAAGGAGCGCGGAGGAAUGCCACUCAUGGAAGUAGGGACUAUAAAUACACAUCUUAAAUCUAAUCUAAUCUAAUCUUUAUGAAGAAUCACUCAUUAAGGAGCAUUUUGGUUAGCCAAAUUUAAAUUUGGUGUACCAACUAAUUAGCCACGCCAUCUGACCUCUAAAAAAUAUUCUGUGCUUACCCUAAUAAUAUACUGAUUUGCAACCUAUUCAUAGUAAAUUAGUAUAAUACUAGUGUCCAACGAAAAUGAUGAAGAUUUUAAACUGAUUGAUUUUGGGAUUGCAUGUAAAACUACAGAAAAUAUGGAAAAUUCUUGUGGAACUCCUGGAUAUAUCGCUCCUGAGGUAUUAAGCCAAAGACCUUGAAGCCAUAAAGCAGAUAUUUUUGGUGCUGGCAUAGUAUUUUAUGCAAUGUUGUCACAGCGGCUACCGUUUAGUAGCAAAUCGGUAAACGAAAUUAUAACUUUUAUUUCAUCGUCAAUAUGGAAUCUUACAAUUAGCAAGGAGCCUCGAUUCUUGCGAAGAAUAUGAUUCUUAUAGCGGCGAAUCAUGGUUUAAUGCAUAAAUAGACGACGUCAUGGAAAAAAAAAGUAGGCCGGCCAUAAGGCCAGCCAACGGCUUUACGCCGUUUAAAUAGCUAAUUAAAUGGUAAACGAAAUUAUUCGAAAAAAUAGGGAAUGUUCAAUAGAAUGCACAGGCUCAAGCUGAAAUAAUAUUACCGCACAAGCUAUUGAAACUCUUCUGAAACUUGUACAAAAAGACCCAACUCGUCGACCUACCGCUGAUGAAGCAUUGAGGUUACCAUUUUUUACUGCAAAUUUAAUAAAUUCUUCUUUUUCAUCUUCUAAUAGUCAAGAUAGAAAACAGAAACUAAAAAGAAUGAAUUGCAUGAGACGUAGCAACAUUGUAUAA